AUGUUUAUGGAUAAAACAAAGGUUAAUGAAGAAAAUUCAGUAUCAAUUAAAAUUGGCUUCCAUUUUUUAGAUACGUACGCGAAUAUUGAAAAUGAAAAUGGAGAUGGCGCAUACGAAGAUCCAAAUGAUGCAGCUGCACACGAAGCACCAAAUGGAGACGCUGAAUAUGCAGAACAAUAUGAAGGAGCUGGACACGAAGAAGUAAAUCAAAAUGUUGGACACGAGGUAGAAAAUAAACAAAAUGCAGAAUGUUUGAGAUUAGAAAAUUUAUACUUCACAAAAUGGGCCAAACAUUAUUUAUCAGAAUCCAUUGAAUUAUUUAAGAAAAAAUUACAAGAAAAAGAAAGUGAGAUUGAAGCGCAAAUUAAUCAUGAUUUUAUAUCGUUUACUUCAGAUAAUAGAGAACUUGAAAAGAAACUAACAGACGAACGAGAUAAACUGUCCGUAGCUUUAGAAAAAUUGACAACAUUAAUGAAAGAAUCGGAAUACUUAAGAAUUUUACUCAUCAAAGUGUCACCUAAAAAUGAACGAGUAAGGAUGGCUUUGGAAGCAAUGCAGAAAUGUUCAAAACAGUGCUCUUGUUCUGUACGACAAGCAAACAGAGCUAUGUUAAAGGAACCAGAUAAAAGCGGUUGA